AUGGCGCACGAGGCACGUCGGCCAACCGAUCCGGAGGCGUCUUGGGUGCAGGACACCCCCUUCGACGCUCCUAUGCGCUUCCAGUCAACGCCAUUCCUGGCUGCACGGAGUGAUGACAGAUGGCAGGACCUCCAACGCGCAGGCUGCCGCUGCAGGGUGCCCCGCCGGUGCGCUCCCUGCAAAAGGCGGGAGGCGGGCGCGGAGGCCUCGCCGCGCGACCCGGAGCGCCGGGGACGCCCUGGCGGCUCGGCAGCCGUCGGCGCCGCCGUGGGCAGGGGCGCGGGCAGCGCGCCGGCCACGCUCCCCUUCCUCCCGCUCCUCCUCCUCCCUCCUCCCUCCUCCUCCUCCUCCUCCUCCUCCCCGAUCUCGGCCACAGGGCAGUCUUUGCGCUGA